CGCCGUCGUCUUCUUCGACCUCGGCUACAGCUUCCAUCGCCAUAUUUGCAAGAGCCUCGGCAGCACACUCUCGCACUGGUAGCGGUAGGGUUUUGCAGAUCGUUUCGCGUCUCCUCUCAUCAGUUAGGAAAAUGGCGCUGCUAAGGAGCGCGGCGAGGACUCCGCUCGGGAACGCCCUGUGCAAGCGGCUGCUGGGGGGCGGCGUCGUGGUCGACAGAGGGUUCGGCGCCGUCGCCGGCGUCGGCGUCGGCGCCGCGGAGCAGAUGAAUCUGAUCCGGCAGCUGAGGGAGAGGACGAGCGCUCCGAUAAAAGAGGUGAAGUCCGCUUUGGUCGAUUGCCAGUGGGACAUCGAGGCUGCCCAGAAGGAGCUCAGGAAGAGAGGGCAGGUGGUGGCGUCGAAGAAGUCCUCGCGGACCGCGGCGGAGGGUUUGCUGGCUCUCGCGCGGAGCGAGGGCAGGGCCGCCGUCAUCGAGCUCAACUGCGAGACCGACUUUGUCGCUAGAAACGAGAUCUUUCAGUAUUUGGCCUUGGCUUUGGCGAAGCAAGCUUUGCUGGUGGAAAAUCCUUCUGACAAAGUUUCUGGGAUCUAUCACAUGGGACCUGAGCACUUGGAGGGCUUGAAGUUAAAGCUCGAGCAUCCAAAAAUCAGUGGAGAAACAACUGUUCAGAAUGCAAUUACAGAAGUGGCUGCAAUUAUGGGAGAGAAUGUAAAAUUUAGAAGAGGUUAUGCCAUGUGUGCUUCUUCACACGGUGUUCUUUCCACAUAUCUUCAUACCAGUCCCCAGCCAGGUUUAGGCCGUAUUGCUGGAAUUUUGUCUCUUGAAGUUGAAGACGAGAACUUACAACUUGAUGCGCUCCAACAAGUUGGUUCAGAAUUGGCAAUGCAUAUUGUGGCUUCCAAGCCUUUGUUUUUGACUAAGGAACUUGUCGCAUCUGGUGCAUUAGAAAGCGAACGGGAAAUCCUGAAAUCUCAGGCAGAAACUUCAGGGAAAUCUCAGAUGGCCAUAGACAAGAUGGUUGAAGGUCGUCUACGCAAAUACAUGGAGGAAGUGGUACUUAUGGAGCAAAAGUUUGUUGUGAAUGAUAGUAUAAAUGUGAAGACUUUGAUAGGCAAUCUGUCGAAGGAAGUGGGAUCCUCAGUGAAGAUUGGAAACUUUUUCAGAAUGGAAGUUGGAGAAGGAAUUCAGAGGAAUGAAGCAUCGAGUGUACCUGAACCUGUGGCUCAAGCUGUGUAAUACGGGGGAAUGCUCUCAACAGAAUCUAAUGGAUGCAACACGUCACUGCAAAUUGAAGAUCCUCAAUUAGUUUCUUUCUGUGUGCAACGGGCAUAAUUAUUUGAGAGGCAGAGCUUCACUGAAAAGGUUGUGUUGUGAGCUUUCCUCAUUUUUCAUUUACUACCAUGAGAUUUGUUAAAAAUGCAGAGUAAUAAAACGGUGUAGUAGAUUCAUAGUUGCUCCAA